UCGGGAUAGAUCUGGGAACACUGCUGAAUCAUCACAGAGGUUCGUUUGUAAACACUCAAGUUGCGAGUUGAAACUGAAAGAGAAGGAUCCUGAAUAAGACGUCAAGCGUGUUGAUAAAGACAAUUGAUUGGAGGCAGAACAGUUGAGAGCAAGGAUCAUGUUCAGUUUUGGAAAUGCCUUCCCUGACUUUCCAGCAGGACGCACGUUUCAGGCAACGUACAAAUGUUUCAGCGUUACCAUGCUGGGAGACAGGGAGGAUGUGGAGAGAGGAGGAAAAAUUAUCAUGCCGCCAUCAGCGCUGGAUCAGCUGACUCGCCUCAACAUUCAGUAUCCUAUGCUGUUCAAACUGACCAACAAAAAGUCCAACAGACAGACGCACUGCGGUGUGCUGGAGUUUGUGGCUGAUGAAGGAAGAAUCUACAUCCCGUACUGGAUGAUGCGCAAUCUGUGCGUGGACGAAGGGGAGCUGAUACAGAUUGACAACGUGUCCCUCUCCGUGGCCACAUACGCCAAGUUCCAGCCGCAGUCCGUCGACUUCCUGGACAUCACUAAUCCCAAAGCUGUACUGGAGAAUGCUCUGAGGAAUUUCGCAUGUUUGACGCAAGGAGAUGUUAUAGCCAUCAAGUACAAUGAUAAGGAGUACGAGCUGUGCGUCUUGGAAAGCCAGCCUGGCAAAGCUGUUUCCAUUAUCGAGUGUGAUAUGAGGGUGGACUUUGCCCCACCCGUGGGUUACAAGGAGCCGGAGAGACAAAUCCGACCGAUGGAUCACUUGGAUGGGCAGGAGCCGGAGGAAGACAGUAUGGAAAUCCCACAGUCCUUUGUGCCUUUCGCUGGCCAGGGCAACAGGCUGGACGGCAAGAAGAAAGGAACAGACAUGGCCUCGGGUUCUGGGUCAGCGGCAGGUCAACAGAGAAGGGGUAUCCCCAACUACAACUUCAAGCGAGGGACAAUCAGCUUUAUCCGCAGCGUGCGGCCGGCCACCAACGGUCACUCGGAGGAGGACGACGACAAACAGUUUGAGGCUUUCUCCGGCGAGGGGCAGAUGCUGAAGAAGAAAAACAGGAAAUAAAUUUGGGCUUCUGUAACUGUGUGUGUGUGUUACUGAGGGGGUGUGUGUGUGUGUGUUACUGAGCGUGUGUGUUUGUGUCUGUGACAGUGUGUGUGGACGUGCGCAUGUGAGAGUUGGUGUUUGAGGCUUUCUCUGGCCAGGGGCAGAUGCUGAAGAAGAAAAACAGAAAAUAAACUUUGGCUUCUGUGACUGUGUGUGUGUGUGUCUGGGACUGACUGAGCGUGGGUGUGUGUGUGUGUGUGUGUGUGUACGUGCACAUCUGAGAAUGGGUGUUUGAGUGGGUCUGUGAUAUUUUGUUGUGAAAGGAGAGUCUGUGAGGAUGUGAGUGUAAAUUUUGACCCUUUCAUGCAGCCAGGUUUGUUUGGUUCCAGUCUUAGUUAGAUCUAGUAAGUUUCUGAUCACCAACUUGAGGUGGGGAAUUGUUCAAUUAAACAAUCUGCUUUUCUGAUAUUGGCAUCGGGCGCAAAACUAUCAAUUAUCGUACUUCUGUUAACUUGGAGAAUUUGUGGGUGGUUGGCGGGUGCUCUGGUGUGGUUUGCUUCUUUUUUCCUAUGAAACAUCUAUCGUAUUUAUCUCUCCUCCUUCUUUUUUGUGCUUGUUACUCUCUUGUAACACCUCUAAUCUUCGGAACUUAUAUGACCUUAUUGUGUUGCAAGUGCCGUAAAACUCUUACUAAAACUAAAACGAAAAGGACAUGUGUGGAGUAGGCAUGAUAUGUGUGGCCCAGUAAGCUUAUUUAUCUUCUGGAUCUGAAAGUGUGAAUCAAUCAGGAGGAAAGACAUCUUUUUGUUCUUUGGUAUUGUCAAUUAAAACACUGAAGGAAUACUU